CCUAGAUCAUGAUAAAUACCCCUUCUUCUUUUUAGGCAUUAAAAUAUAGAUUCAUUGAUAUAUUAAUAGAAAAUUCAACCAUGAUGGGGUUCAUCAAUUCUCCCUACGAGAUAAGUAUGAUAAAAUUAUCAAAAAACAUGUCUGCAAACCAAAAAGCUAACAUGUCAAAGAAACUUUAGACUCUAGUCAUCAAACAAGCCCAGCCCCAUUUCCUCUUCACUCUCUUCCUCAACGACGACCUUCUUCUCUUCAACGGCCGGAGCAGCAGCGGCACCACCAGCAGUCGGCGCAGCAACGGCAACCGCACCACCACCGCUGCUGCCACCUACUUUCAUGAUGAGGUCAUCAAUGUUCUUCUUCUCACAAAGCUUGGUGAAGAGGCUAAACCAAUAGGACUCCACCUGAACGUCGGCCGCCUUCACGAUCGUAGCAAUCUUCUCCACAGUGACGGGGAUGCCUUCCUCGUGGAGGAUCAGAGUGGCGUAGGUGGAAGCGAUUCUCCGACCGACAUAUUUCCGCAAUGACUGAAAGGAGACGAUGGCAAAGUCUAUAGGCACUCGGUUCAGAAUGACUACGGCAAGGCUUUUUAAUCCCAAAUCUCUAAUUAAAUCUACUCACAAUUCAUAAUUGAAAGAUCAAUAGAAUUGAGAAGAAAAGAAUUAAUUGUCAUUAACAAAAAAAGAUAGAACUUACUAACAAUCUAAGAAUAUUGAAGAUUCAAAGCUCAAAAACCAUAAGAAAUUCGUCUCCGAGCUUCUCUCUAAACUCUCCCUCUCAAAUAAGGGUUUAAAGCUUGUUUAAAUAGGAAAAAUACACUUUUGGGACAUUUUUAGUCACACACGGUCAUUCACACGGCCGUGUGCGCGGCCAAGUUUACCAUUCUGAAUAGUAACUUCGAAAAUGCACACGGCUCUGCACAUGGUGUGUGAACAGCUGUGUGCACCAGACACAAUGUUCAAGGUGCACACGGCUCUGCACCCGGUGUGUGGACGGCCGUGUGGGUGGCCAAAGACAACUUCUUCACUUUUCUUCCUAACAAAUGCUCUUUAAGUCUUCGUGUGAUCCCGUGGGUGAUCCUAGAGCUCUUUAGUCUUAAGAAUGUCGUCUUUAAUGCCUGGUUGACCUCCAAUGCUCCUAAUGAACUCUCAAUUGCCUCUCGACUCAUUCCGAUAACUUCUCAAAUGUCGGUGUCGGGCUUAAUUCCCUGAUUUUCACUUCUAAAAACAGCAAACGCAUACCAAACCCGGUAAACCGUGACUUAAGCUAAUUAAACACUUUGUGACCAAAAUAUAUAGAUUAGGAAAAGUGGCAAAACUCAAUCCCAAUACGCAUCAAAUGCAUGUUGAAAUAUGAUACACCCUAAUAAGAUUCAGGAUCCACAGAAGAACAAGGUUUCUGAGACUCAGGCUCCGGUGGAGGCUUUUGGGGCUACAACAACGGCAGUUGAAAAAUGGGUUCCUAAAACAAAUAUUAAUGACAAACAGACUCGUUGUUCUUUUGGGAAUCAAGGGGAAAAGGAUUCGCUUAUUACAAACAAAAAAAAAAGGAAAAAAAAGGUGAAUGAUUAUUGCAUUGCUUCCACUUAUAAAGGUCCAUUUGGUGUGAUUGGGGAGGUUUUCACUGAGCAGCCCCCAAUGCCUAGUGGUUCUUUACCUGCAAAACAGAAUAAUCAUCAGAUUCUGGAGGUUUCUGAUUCAGAGAUUGAGGAGGUGUUCACUGAGCAGCCCCCAAAGCAUGAUGGUUCUUUACCUGCAAGGCUGCAAAACAAGAUACUCAUCAGGAUCUGGAGGAUGGUAUAAUAGAGGAAAUGCAAUUGGUUUCUAAACUACCAAUUAAUGAGAGAGUGAUGGAUUAUUAUAAUCUUCUAAAACUAAUUCAGAGGAAUUCAUAUGAUCCAGCACUCUGUGCAAAAGGCUAUUCAUCAGAUGGAACUUCUGUUUUUUCGUUUUUUACUAAUUAUAAUUUCAUUAAUGACAAUUUUGUCUAAUAUAA